AUGGCUCCAAAAGUCGCUAUCAUCAUCUACUCCUUGUAUCACCACGUUGCCACUAUGGCAGAGGCUGUCCAAAAGGGUGUUCUCAGUGCUGGAGGUAAUGCCCAAAUCUUCCAGGUCCCAGAAACUUUGCCAGAGGCUGUUUUGCAGAAAAUGCAUGCUCCUCCUAAGCCAGACUAUCCAAUUGCCACCUUGGACACCUUGAAGGACUACGAUGCGUUCUUGUUCGGUAUCCCUACCAGAUAUGGUAACUUCCCUGCUCAAUGGAAAGCUUACUGGGACACCACCGGUGGUCUCUGGGCAUCUGGUGCUUUGCACGGUAAGCCAGCUGGUCUCUUUGUUUCCACUGGUACUCCAGGUGGUGGUCAAGAGACUACUGCCAUCAACGCAUUGUCCACCCUUACACACCAUGGUAUGAUCUAUGUGCCAUUGGGUUAUGCUCAAGCAUUCCCACUCAUCACCAACUUGAAUGAGGUCCAUGGUGGCUCUCCGUGGGGUGCUGGAUGUUUCGCUGGCGCUGAUGGCUCAAGACAGCCUUCUACUUUGGAGUUGGAGAUUGCCACCAUCCAAGGUAAGUCGUUCUGGGAGACCAUCCAGAAGUUUUAG